UAAUCUAUGCUAAAUCACGUCAAGUUUCCGGCUUUAUAACUUCAAUGGAUAGUUCGCUUCCCAACAAUUCUCUAUCGGCCUUUGAACAGUGUAGUUGAGUGAUUGCUUUGUAGCAGGAAAUUUCAAAAUGAAGGAACAAAAGAAGAUAGAUUUUCUUAAAUCAAUUCUACCUCAGAAAAUACUGCAGCAUUUGAACCGAGGAAAUGAUGAGAUUUUGAGUACAACCGUAAGUACUCCAGAACAUUUAGAUGGAUUCAUGUCAACUAUACAUAAGUUGGAGAUGACCGUCAAAAACAGCAAAGACAGCAGAGAGGAAUCCUUCAACCUUAUGGUAAAAGUAAUGAAAGGCGAUGAUGCGUUCAGGGAACGCAGCAAAGCCAUAGUUCAGUUUUCAAACGAAAUUUUCAUCUAUACUGAGGUGUUGCCCCAAUUUACCGAGUUGCUGCAGUCCAGUGGUAGUUCAAUAAAGGGUGAUUCGUGGUGCCCAAAAGUGUUUUACGGUGCGGCUGGCAAGUUUCCCGAGUACAGUGAUCAGUAUGAAACGAUUUUAGUGAUGGAAGAUAUGAAAUUAAACGGAUUUGAAGCUGGUCCCCGAAAUGAUCUUGAUGAAAGUCAUCUAACGUUGAUGGUCAAAAAAAUUGCUCAGUUUCAUGCUUGCACAUACGCUAUGAAAGUCAACAAAGACAAAAAUCUGGAUCGGCUCAUUGAAGGAAUCAAACCAUUGGAAUUUGUUGAGGGAGGAAAGGAAUUCCACAGUUAUGCAGUAUUAACAAGACUAGGAUUGGAACGUGUUUUGGAAUAUAUCGAUAAACACCCAAAAGAAUUAGAUAGUGAAUCUUUCAAAUGUGAUAUGACUAAACUACGUGAUAAGUAUGGUAAAGCACCAGUUCAUUUGAUGCAAAAACUUUUAGAACGUGAUGAAUAUUCCGUUAUUCUCCAUGGCGAUUACAAUCGGAACAAUGUAUUGUUUAAGUAUAAAGAUGGUAAGCCGGUGGAUCUUCGAAUGUUUGAUUUUCAAGAAAAUCGUUAUGCAACACCGGCCAUCGACUUAGCCUUCUUUAUGUGUAUGAGCAUGCCAACUGGCAUGAGGGAACGUCUGUGGGAUCCACUGCUACGACAGUACCAUGAAAGUAUGACUGAAACACUAAUCACCAUUUUGAAAUGCAAACCAGACGACGAAAAGCUGAAACCGUACACUUUCGAAAACUUUAUGCAGCAUUUUCAAAGAUUUGGCUUGUACGGAGGAAUGAUUGCGUCUCAUUUUUUGCCUUGGAUGCUCUGUCCGGAGGACGAAUGUGCUCAGCUUGCGUAUUAUUUUGCUAAGGACAUGGACUCGCCCGAAAUGAAACACUGGACAAUGGUUUGUGGUGGAGAAGCCGUAGAUAAGCGGUUGGUGGAAAUCUUUCGGCAUCUUAGUCAGCUGGGAUAUUUUGCUGUAGUACAUAAUGAUUAGAUAAAUGUUAAUAUAUUGUUAGACAAUGUAAUGUAAUUGUAAUUGUAAAUGUAAUUGAUGUAAUUUUCAUUCGGUGGUCAUAAAUAUAUAAGUAGUUUAAA